AUUCAGAAAGCUAUCCAGGUACAAUACUAGCGAGCGCCAGCGGCUGUUCCUUGUGACUCACAGUACAUAUAUCUUAUUCACCUCAAUUAGAUCUCCCCAUGACUACUCUCUUUAGAGCUUAGAGUCCUCACAUUCUACACCAACCCUUCCCUCACGGUCCUCAAAGACCGCCAUCACCGCCGGGGAAACCGAGUACAGUACCCCGCCAUACCGCCGCAACACGACACAACACACCACACCACAACACAACACAACACAACACAACACAACACAACACAACAAUCCUCAACCCUCCCCUCGAGACUCAAACCACCUACAUCGCCUAGUUGCGCAUAUCCAACCCCUCCCCCCCCCCAAACAAACCACCACAACCACAAAAAUGUCCACCCAACCCACAACCCCUGCAACCCCCCCAGCAGGAACCAACUACCUGGACCUAGGCAUCACGCUGGCCCUGCACAACUGGCCCGCCCUCACGCUGGCCGUACAAUCCCUCUGGGGCGGCCCGACCUCCGCCGACAAGCGCGACUGGCUGUGCGGCGCGAUCUCGGAGAUGCUGGCGACGCGGCCGGAGACGGACUCGUACGACCUCGAGGACGUGCUGGUGCAGGUGAUGACGGACGAGUUCGACGUGGACGUGGACGACGAAAGCGCCGCCGCCGUCGCGGACCAGAUCAUGGAGAUGAAGGCGCAGACGGAGCGCGGGGAGUACGCGGGCAUCCAGCAUAUGUGGGAGGUGUAUCAGCGGAAAGGGGGGGAAACUGCUGUUGCGGGGAUUCAGCGGGCGGCGGGGGCGGCGGGAGAGGAUGAUAGUGAGGACGAUGAGGAGGACGAGGAGAUGGAUGUGGAUAUGGAUGAUGAUGCGCCGGCGUUGGUGCGCGCGCCUAGGGAGAAGGUCGAGCCCGAGGUCGAUGAUGAUGGGUUUACGACGGUUGUGUCGAAGAAGCGUCGGUGAUGCUUUCUUUUAUUUUUAUUCAAAUUUGUGCUUGAUACUUGCUUGCUUGCUGCGAUGCUUUUUCCCGAGCUGUAUGUAUGUAUUUCGAUUCCCCUUUUUUUUUUUUUUUUCUU